GAAAAGGGGGGAGGGGAAGGCUCGUGCACGGAUGAGAGGCAGGCGGCAGCAGCAGCAGCUCUUUUGUGGCGCGCGCUGCUGGGGACUGGCCCGCGAGCAGCAGGGCGCUCUGUCCAGCCAGGCGCGCGCUCAGCGCCGCCACCCCCAACACACUGGCAGCCGCAGGGACUGGCACCGGCAGAGGGACAGUGACAGGGGACAGGGACAGUGACAGGGACAGGCAGAGGCACAGGGACAGGCACUAAACCAUUUUCUAUCAGGCGUAAGCACGCGGACGCGCGCGCUCCCCCGCUUGCACCAUGGCGCAAGCCGCCAAGCAGAUCCGCAAGAACAAGGACCUAGCGGAGGCUGCGGCCCAGGAGCUGCGCGAGAAGGAGGAGGAGAAGAUCAAGAAGAGGAACCGCUCGAGGGACCGCAGACGCAAGGCGGAUUCAGCCACCAGUUUUCUGCGUGCUGCUCGUUCAGGUAAUCUGGAUAAGGCUCUGGACCAUAUCAAAAACGGAAUAGCCAUCAACACAGCCAAUCAGAAUGGACUCAACGGGUUGCACUUGGCUUCGAAGGAAGGCCAUGUUAAGAUGGUGUUGGAGCUUUUACACCACGGGAUUGACCUGGAGACCACGACAAAGAAAGGCAAUACUGCCCUACAUAUCGCUGCACUGGCUGGUCAAGAAAAAGUAGUAGCUGAACUAGUCCAUUAUGGUGCCAAUGUGAACGCCCAGUCUCAGAAAGGGUUCAGUCCUUUAUAUAUGGCAGCACAGGAGAACCACCUGGAGGUGGUAAAGUUUCUGCUGGAGAAUGGAGCCAAUCAGAGCCUUCCAACAGAGGACGGCUUCACGCCGCUGGCCGUGGCUCUGCAGCAGGGCCAUGAGAACGUGGUGGCUCUCCUCAUUAACUACGGCACUAAAGGCAAAGUGCGCCUCCCCGCCCUGCACAUCGCCGCCCGCAACGACGACACGCGCACCGCAGCCGUGCUGCUGCAGAACGACCCCAACCCAGACGUCCUCAGCAAGACUGGAUUUACUCCUCUCCACAUCGCAGCACAUUAUGAGAAUCUGAGUGUUGCACAGCUGCUGUUAAAUAGAGGAGCCAAUGUCAACUUCACACCUAAGAAUGGCAUCACUCCGCUGCACAUCGCUGCCAGGAGGGGGAACGUGAUCAUGGUUCGGCUGCUCUUGGACAGAGGAGCUCAGAUAGAUGCCAGGACGAAGGACGAACUGACCCCGCUGCACUGUGCGGCCAGGAAUGGCCACGUGCGAGUAAUUGAGAUCCUCCUGGACCAGGGAGCUCCAAUCCAGGCCAAAACCAAGAACGGUCUGUCUCCCAUCCACAUGGCAGCGCAGGGGGAUCACAUGGACUGCGUGCGGCAGCUCCUGCAGUACAACGCCGAGAUCGAUGACAUCACUCUGGACCACCUGACGCCGCUGCAUGUGGCGGCGCAUUGUGGACACCACCGCAUGGCCAAAGUGCUGCUGGAUAAAGGGGCCAAGGCCAACGCUCGAGCCCUGAAUGGCUUCACUCCUCUGCACAUCGCCUGCAAGAAGAACCACAUGCGCUCCAUGGACCUUCUGCUCAAGCACUCAGCGUCUCUGGAGGCCGUGACUGAGUCUGGUCUAACUCCGCUCCAUGUAGCUGCUUUUAUGGGGCAUCUCAACAUAGUGAAGAGUCUACUGCAGAGAGGAGCUUCCCCCAAUGCCUCUAAUGUGAAAGUGGAGACUCCUCUGCACAUGGCUGCUCGAGCGGGACACUGCGAGGUGGCUCAGUUUCUGCUGCAGAACUUGGCCCAGGUGGAUGCUAAAGCUAAGGAUGAUCAGACUCCGCUGCACUGUGCAGCGCGGAUGGGCCAUAAGGAGUUGGUGAAGCUGCUGUUGGAACAUAAGGCCAAUCCUGACUCCGCCACCACGGCUGGCCACACCCCUCUGCACAUCGCUGCGCGGGAGGGACAUGCCCAUACCACACGCAUUCUCCUAGACGGCAACGCCCAGCAAACCAAGAUGACCAAGAAAGGGUUCACGCCCCUCCAUGUGGCAUGCAAAUAUGGGAAGGUGGAUGUGGCAGAGCUGCUUCUGGAGAGAGGAGCCAAUCCCAAUGCAGCAGGAAAGAACGGACUGACCCCUCUUCACGUUGCUGUCCAUCACAAUAACCUGGAUGUUGUCAAGCUGCUGGUCAGCAAGAGUGGCUCUCCUCACAGCACUGCUCGAAACGGCUACACUCCUCUGCACAUUGCUGCUAAGCAGAAUCAGCUGGAGGUGGCCAGCAGUCUGCUGCAGUGUGGAGCCAACGCCAACUCUGAGUCCCUGCAGGGGAUCACCCCUCUCCACCUGGCCGCUCAGGAAGGACGACCCGACAUGGUAGCCCUCCUCAUAUCCAAACAGGGCAACGUCAACUUGGGCAACAAGAACGGCCUGACCCCUCUGCACCUGGUGGCUCAGGAGGGACACGUGGGAAUCGCAGACAUGCUGGUGAAGCAGGGGGCCUCAGUCUACUCAGCUUCAAGGAUGGGAUACACUGCGUUACACGUGGCAUGUCACUAUGGCAACAUAAAGAUGGUGAAGUUCCUUCUGCAGCAGCAGGCCCACGUUAACUGCAAGACCAGAGUGGGCUACACCCCGCUUCAUCAGGCAGCUCAGCAGGGUCAUACGGAUAUCGUUACUCUCCUGCUGAAACACGGCGCCCUCCCCAACGAGAUCACCACUAACGGAACUUCGCCUCUGGGCAUCGCUAAGCGGCUAGGCUACAUCUCGGUCAUUGAUGUUCUGAAGCUGGUGACGGAGGAGUCCGUGUCCGCGAUCACCACCGAGAAGCAUCGUAUGAGUUUCCCGGAGACGGUGGACGAGAUCUUGGAUGUGUCAGAGGAUGAAGGAGUCGCACAGCUAACAUUAGGUGAUGAGUUGCUGGGGAUGGAUGGCGCUCGAUACCUGAAGCUGGAUGACCUGAAGGAUCAGGACGAUGACUUCCUGUCGCCAAAGAAGACUCUACGAGACUUUGAGAGUGGGCUGGGCACGACACCCUACUCACCUGCUAUUCCCAGAAUUCCAUGUGUGUCUCCAGAGACAGUCAUGCUGGAUCAGCACACCCCUGUCCCUCUGCCUAAAGAAUAUGAUGAGGACUCUCUGAUCCCCAGUAGUCCAGCCACAGAAACCUCAGACAACGUUAGCCCAGUGGCCAGCCCCAUCCACACUGGGUUCCUGGUUAGUUUCAUGGUGGACGCGAGGGGCGGGUCCAUGCGUGGCAGCAGACACAACGGCCUGCGAGUGAUCAUCCCCCCGCGCACCUGUGCAGCGCCCACGCGCAUUACCUGCCGCCUGGUCAAACCCCAGAAACUCACCACCCCGCCUCCUCUGGUGGAGGGGGAGGGUCUGGCCUCCCGUAUCAUCUCUCUCGGACCCUCCAGCAUGCAGUUCUUAGGGCCGGUUAUUGUGGAGAUCCCUCACUUCGCGUCUCUGGGGAGGGGUGAUCGAGAGCUGGUGGUGCUGCGCAGUGAGAACGGCUCAGUUUGGAAAGAGCAUCGUAAUCGCUACGGCGACGAAGUGCUGGAGACCAUUCUGAAUGGGAUGGACGAAGAUCUGGAGAGCCAGGAGGAGCUGGAGAAGAAAAGAAUCCGUCGGAUCAUCUCCACAGACUUCCCCCUUUACUUUGCGGUGGUGUCACGUGUCCAGCAGGAGAGCGAUCUGAUUGGUCCAGAGGGUGGCCAGCUGAUCAGCAAGCUGGUACCCCAGGUCCAGGCCAUCUUUCCUGAGACGGCGGUCACUAAGCGAGUGCGGCUCGGCCUGCAGGCCCAGCCAAUCCCGGACGAGCUGCUGACUCGACAGUUGGGUAACCAGGCCACGUUCAGUCCCGUGGUGACGGUGGAGCCGCGUAGACGUAAGUUCCACCGGCCCAUCGGCCUGCGCAUCCCCCUGCCCCCGUCCUGGAGGGAGAGCCAGCGCGACGCCGGGGAGGGAGACACCACCAGCCUGCGCCUCCUCUGCAGUGUUAUCGGUGGCACGGCCCCGGCUCAGUGGGAGGACAUCACUGGCACCACCAAGCUUAUGUACUCCAACAACUGCGCCAACUUCACCACCAACGUUUCAGCAAGGUUCUGGUUGGCUGACUGUCCUCGGACGGCGGAGGCGGUGACCUUCGCUAACCUGCUGUACCGGGAGCUGAUGGCGGUGCCAUACAUGGCCAAGUUUGUGGUGUUCGCUAAGAUGAACGAGGCGCGGGAGGGACGUCUGCGCUGCUACUGCAUGACCGACGACAAGAUGGACAAAACCCUGGAGCUGCACGAGAACUUCAGCGAGGUGGCGCGCAGCCGGGACAUUGAGGUGAUGGAGGGGAUGCCGCUGCAUUUAGAAUGCUCUGGAAAUCUGGUGCCAGUGAGAAAGGCCACCCAGCAGCCUCGAACCUUCAGCUUCCAGGCCUUCAGAGACAACAGAUUACCCGUCUCUGUGAAGGUGAGAGACAGCAAUAAGGACGCCACUGGUUUCCUGUCUUUCCUCCGCAAGUCCACCAAAUACGAAGACACGCAGCAUGUGCUGUGCAACCUCAACAUCACCAUGCCUCCAUGUGUCAAGGUGGCAGGAAGUGACGAGCGCAGACGGACUCUCACACCUCUGGCCUUGAGGGAGCGGUACAGCGCCCUGAACGACCCGGGCCUGGCUUCAUCAAAUCCUUGGAGGAUAUCCCUGCUUAGACAGCUUAGAGCUGCUGUAAACGCCAUGGAGAGGACAGAACUGAAAAUCACUCUUAUUGCUGAGCAGCUGGGCUUAAGCUGGACUGAGUUGGCGCGAGAGCUGCAGUUUGGUGUUGAUGACAUUAAUAGAAUACGAGUAGAGAACCCCAACUCCCUCCUGGACCAAAGCUCAGCUCUGCUUAACCUGUGGGCCAGCCGAGAAGGAAAGAGGGCUAAAAUGGAGAACCUGUACGGGGCUCUGAAGAACAUCGACCGGUCGGACAUUGUGAAGUCUCUGGAGGCUCAGGCUCCGCAGGCCGUGCCAGAGGCCGGAGAGGAGGGGUCCUGCAGCAUGACCGACCGUGACUCCACCAUGCUGUCCCCCAGCGUCAUUAAUGGUUACGGGCUGGUGCAGGAGGAGCUGCUCUCUCCGGCCUCCAUGCAGUACAGCCUGCCCUCGCCGCUGGGCGCCGAGCCCUACUGGCAGGAGGUGACCAGCCUGGAGUGCGCCCCCAUCGCCCCCACCGAGGAGGAGGCCAUGCUGGAGAUGUCGGACGUGCAGGUGUGGCCGGCGGGGGUCAGCCCGUCCCUGGUGACGGUGGAGGACUCGUCUCUGGACGGCAGCAGCCGCGCCGACGACUCGGAGGCCAACACGCUGAGCCUGCCCUGCAGCAGCCUGGGACGCCCCAGCAGCGGCGCCAGCGGGGCCAGCGGCUCCAUCAUGGAGCUGGAGGAGGAGGAGGAGGAAGAGGAGGAGGUGGACGAGGAGGACAUGCAGCACGACCCGGUCGCAGGGGGCGCCGUCCCCAAGGCCAACCACAAUGGGCAAGUUGGAGGUCAGAGGUCGGAGGGUAGAAGGGCGGAGGUGGCAGCGGCGGCGGGCUGCAGUGUGGCAGGGGGAGCGAGAGGAGGAGCAGGAGGAGGAGGUGGAGGAGGAGGAGGGGCAAGUGCAAGCUCAGAGGAAAAGUUUUCUGUUCUUACAGGGCAGCAAAUCUACGCUCAGCUGUGCGAGAGGACCGGCCUGACCCGAGCACUCGAGCACAAUGGAGACAGGCUAGGCAGUGGAGCGUUUCAGCCAUAUGUCCAGGAGAAGGAGGCGUUUUCCGACUCCCUGCACGGCUGGUCUCAGUCCAGGAGCAGGCAGGUGGUGGGGUCGUCCGUGCGGGAGCAGAGCCAGACGCGUGUGGCCCAGGAAGCUCUGCUGACGCCGGUAUGUGACACAGGCCACUCGAAGGUGCUGCGUGGGCGGCUCCUGGGCACUCAGCCCUUUGAGAAGGGGCUGGGCUUCUCCCACCAGGAGGGGGAGUUACGGGUUUGGGACCAGGACAGACGGAGGGCACAGAGAGACGAGCCGGUGGAGUUCACCAGUGAGCCUCACCUGAGUGAGGAGCAGUACACAGACGAGCACGGCAACGUUAUGAGCAAGGGCCGGACACCCACUGCCAGACCAUCCUUCACCCAGACGCACACGGGGGACAGGACGAGACGAGGGCCACACGAAAGGCAAGACGGCGGAAGGAAAAAAACCCAAUGAAAGAGAACGACAUGAAACACAUCCCUCCCUCUUCCCUCCACCCGUCAAAUAACGCAACAAAAAAACAACAACACAACAACAACAGCAACGCCAGGAACGGCUGAGGAGCAUCGCGUGAGGAGAGGAGGAGAUCUACCUGUAGUUUUGUAUCAUUUUUAAUCAACAACGACGAAGGACGAAUAAAAAAAACAAAAACAUACGUCUAGCAUUAAGGCAUGAUCUUUUUUUGUACAAAAGUUGAAGAAAAAACAAACAAAGAAACAAACUAACAAAAAAAAUAAACAACAAAAAGUGCUUCCUGUCAACUGUAAACGCAUGAUUGAUUGCUGGUGCAUGACCUAUGACCUUUGAGCUGUCAUUAUCUAUAAACUAAACGGAAACGUAACGGUGGAAACGUGGCGAACGAAAGGAACGGCGCACAGGACUUAACGCAGGACGGACCUUCAUUCCGAAAGGGAAGGAGGGAUUGAAAGGAGUCCCACGAAAAAAAAACAAACAAAAAAAUUUAACUAAUGGGAUGAGACGUCUCGGAAACAACACAGCCAAAAAAAACGAACAAAAAAAAAAAACGCAACAGUUCCGUUUUUCUGUUGUUUCUGUUUUUCUGUUUCUGAUUUUUUUUUCCGUUUUUUUGUUUUCUCGACAAAACACAAAGCAGCGUAGCCUAUGCUGAGCCCACCACUGCUUCCCCCCGCGGGCCUGUUCUCCUGUUACUAUAAUAUGUAAUUAUAUGCACUCUAUGCUCUGUUGAUGUGUGUCUUUGUGUGUGUGUGUGUAUGCGCGUGCGUGCGUGUGUGUGUGUGUGUGUGUGCGUGUGUGCGCGCGUUUGUCAGUUUUUCUAAAGCAUGUGUAUCUCGCUUCUUCCGAAUGAGAAAAUGCCGCCGUGCUCUCUCUCUCUCCGUGUGUGUGUGUGCUUUUCGUUCCAGGCUUUUUGCGUUUUUCUUCGUGAGGUGUGUGUGUGUGUGUGUGUUUGUGUUCCUUUGAUGCGGUCCGCCAUGCGUUAGUUUAGGUACUACCUGGUGAGAGUAAAGGCCCCCGUCCCCCUCCCCCUGAAGCUGAGGGAACGCUUCAUAAGGAUUUCGGUUCUUCAGGCAGAGGAUGUGUCUCUGUGUGUGUCGAACUGUACGUGCUGUCGCAACACCCCAAUGUCACCCCUCACCGCUAAUGAAACGGCUUCCUAUCUUUCUCUCCAUCUCUCUCUGUCUGUCUAUCUCUUUCCCUCUCUCUUUCUCCCUUGGUAUAUAUCUCUCUGCACCUAAAGCUCGUUAUUUCUCUCUCUUUUUCUAUCCCUAUAUAUCUCUGUGUGUCUCUCUCUGUAUCUGAAGCUCAGUAACUGUCUCUCUCUCUCUGUCUCUGUCUAUCUCUCUGUAUCUGAAGCUCAGUAACUGUCUCUCUCUGUAUCUCUCUGUAUCUGAAGCUCAGUAACUGUCUCUCUCUCUCUGUCUCUGUCUAUCUCUCUGUAUCUGAAGCUCAGUAACUGUCUCUCUCUGUAUCUCUCUGUAUCUGAAGCUCAGUAACUGUGUCUCUCUCUGCUUCUCUCUCUCUCUCUCUCUGUAUCUGAAGCUCAGUAACUGUCUCUCUCUGCCUCUCCCUCUCUCUCUGUAUCUGAAGCUCAGUAACUGUCUCUCUCUCUCUGCCUCUCUCUCUCUGUAUCUGAAGCUCAGUAACUGUCGUUCUCUCUCCGCCUCUCUGUCUCUCUCUCUGUAUCUGAAGCUUAGUAACUGUCUCUUUCUCUGCCUCUCUUUCUCUCUCUGUAUCUGAAGCUCAGUCACUGUCUCUCUCUCUCUCUCUCUCUCUCUGCCUCUCUGUAUCUGAAGCUCAGUAACUGUCUCUCUCUCUCUGCCUCUCUCUCUCUGUAUCUGAAGCUCAGUAACUCUCUCUCUCUCUCUGCCUCUCUCUCUGUAUCUGAAGCUCAGUAACUGUCUCUCUUUCUGUCUCUGCCUCUCUUUCUCUCUCUGGAUCUAAAGCUCAGUAACUGUCUCUCUCUCUCUCUCUGUCUGCCUCUCUCUCUCUCUCUUGCUAUCUCUUUCUCCCUUGGUAUAUAUCUCUCCAUCUGUCUCUCUCCAUCUCUCUCUUUCUGUGUCUAUCUCUGUAUUUGAAGCUCAGUAACUGUUUCUUCUGUCUAUCUCUGCAUCUAUCUCUCUGUCACUCUCUCUGUCUGUCUCUCUCUCUCUCUGCCUCUCUUUCUCUGUAUCUGAAACUCAGUAACUGUCUCUCUGUCUCUCUCUGCCUCUCUCUCUCUAUCUCUCGCUAUCUCUUUAUCCCUUGGUAUAUAUCUCUCUGCAUCUGAAGCUCUGUAUCUCUCCAUCUCUCUCUUUCUGUGUCUAUCUCUCUCUGUAUUUGAAGCUCAGUAACUGUCUCUUUCUGUCUAUCUCUGCAUCUCUCUCUCUCUCUUUCUGUAUAUCUCUCAGUUUCUCACUGUAUCUGAAGCUUACAGUAGUUUCUCUCUCUCUGUACACCUCUGUACCUAAAGCUUGGUAUGUUUCUCUCUCUUUCUUUCUCUCUCUCUCUUUCUCUCUCAGUGUACAUCUAUCUGUAUCUAAAGCUUAAUAACUCUUAGGGCUCUAUCUUACACCCUGCACAAAGUGCAUUGCGAUGCUCAUUGCUAUCUUACACCCCAUCAGCAGUCUAUUUUCACACCUUGCUCCUGUGUUGUUUGAUCCUCUCUCUCUCUCUCUCUCUCUCUCUCUCUUAGUCUCUCUCUCUUAAUCUCUCUCUCUCUUUCUUCUUUGGUGUAUAUCUCUCUGUAUCUGAAACUUAGUAACUGUCUCUCUGGCUCUGUAUCUCCUUUUUCUCCUCUGUUUCUGCUUCUUCUCCUCUGUAUCUGUUUUUCUCUCUCUCUCUUUCUCUCGAUCCCUCCUGUUAAGCCUUCCAUAUCCGUUGCUCAGUGUCUGGUUGCUGAGCUCCAGUGGACUAAUGUAGCACUGCACGCUGCUCUCAUACGGCCCCUCGCUGCCCCGGGGCCCGAAAUCCACAUCCUUCAUUUCCUGGGCAUUAUCGUUUGGACCCUCACUGACGAACGCAAGCUUGUAGCAGAGACGCGUGGGGUUUCGGGAGCGCGCCUCCAGUUACUGCCGACGCCACGUGCGGAAGACGUGCGGUAGACGUGCAGGCAGACGACGUAUUCAAUCUAUUCUAUUGUUUAAACUUGAGUUAGGAGUGAACAUCCAUGUACGUGUACAGUAAACAUAUAGACAGAUCAAUCUAUACAGGCAGCACUGUGAUAGUCCACCUUGAAAUUGACCCCUGAACUGUGAACUCACAACUGUCUGUCAUCUUUCGGCUUUAUCUCUUUAUGUCUCACACACUCAUAUACACACGCACAUACGUACACACAGUUACACACUAUUACCAUUCCAUUCCUUCCUUCCAUUCAUUCGUUUAUUGAUUCAUUCAUUGAUUCAUUCGUUGAUUUAAAUCAUAGUGACUUACUUCUAAGGAGAGCCCAAACUAUUUAAGCUUAAACUACCAAAGCAAUAAUAUCAAACAUAGUUAUAACAGUUGUGUGUAUGUAUGUAUGUGUAUGUAUGUGUGUGUAUGUAUGUUUGUAAGUAUUUGGUGUAUUUACCCAACAUUUGAGUAGCAUUUCUAAGACUUAUACAAUCCAAGUGAUAUUACUACAUGCAUGAAUAUAAACGGGAAAAAAAGAAUAAAGUCACGCAGUAUGCAAGCAUGUGACUUUCAUACUUUCGACUCAAGUUCGUUGAACGGACUCAUACGCAUACCGAUGUCUUAAAGCUGCGAGCUGGAGCGGGAGCUUUUUAUUGGUUGAGCGAUCUGUAAAGAUCCAUAUAAAGCUUGGUGUAUCAAGAGCGGGUGGCUGAAGCUCAGCGUUUCAAAUGUAGCACAGAAUCGUACAUAUUUAUUCACGUACUCAUGCGUUUGUAGAAAACACAGGUUCUAAACACAUAUUUAUGGUGGGAAUGAAUGAAUGAAUGAAUGAGUGAAUUAAUCUCUAACUAUGUGAAUGUUUUGUUGGAUGUAUGUGUGGAUGUAUGUAUGUAUGUAUGGAUGAAUGUCUUCACAAAAAAUCAUGUGAAACAUGUGAAACAAAAAGGUAAUACAGAUUAUGAAGUGUCUAAUGAUUGUAUUUUCUUGUUAUCAAAGUCGAAUUAGGUCCUUAUUUUUGGUGAAUGAGCGACCGCCGUGUUCCUCGUGUGUUUCUGCACACCGUUUUUCCUCACCUCCACUGACUGUAACCUUAUUUACUCUCAGCAGUUCACUCAGGUUUGUGUUAACCAAUGAGCAUCAUUUUUCUUUCAUGUUACGCCACACAUUUAAGAUGAACCCCUACAGUAUGAUCAUUGAUCAUCUACAAGAACAUAAGUAUUGUCAUUGGACGGCCUCUGCUGGGGUGUUGGGGCAGGGGGCAGCAACUGAUGAGCAGCUGUCUGGAUGGACGGAUGGAUGGAUGGAUGGUCUUGCAUGGAUGGACUCAUCUAAUCGCUGUCGCACCUUUGCCCCAAUCACAUUAGAGGAACGUCCAGAAGAGCUUCAGGAGGAGGAGGUCUUCUUUAAAACUACAGGAGGCUAAGGGGCGGGGUUUCGAGGGAGGGGGAGGGGCAGGGCAAGGUCGAGGGCGUGGACAAGGACGAGGACAAGGACGUCACCGUGUCCUUUUUUAAAAAAGGGGCACCAAUAUCGGAGGACAUUACAACUACGAUGUAUUACAACAAGUUUAUGUAAAAUGUUACUGUUGCAAAAACCUAGAGUCCACCUAUACUCCUUUAGAAUGGAUAAAUGACAAUAUUAACGCAAUAUCAUAUUACUCUGUACUAAGGAAUGCAACUGCACACAUGCACAGAAAAGAAGAUGUUUUUAAUAAAGAAAUCUAUGUAGAAAUAUAUGAAAAAAAGAUAUAUAUAAAUAUAAAUAUAUAUAUAUGAAUUAGAAUGCUAUGCACCCUUAUUAGAGUUGUUAUGGAUGUACUUUAAGCAUAUUAGCUAGACUCAAGUUAUAUAGGAACAUGCCCAUAUCAUGGGGAAUGUAGAGGCUUUGUUGCUAUUUGGACUUGUUUUCUUUUCUUUUGUACCGCUAUGGAGAGAAGAAAAACAAACGUGAAUAUGUAUACAAGCCUUUGGAUCAGAUUCGUUCUGACAUGAAGAUAUGUAUAGACCAUUUACCCUGCACACCAGCUCAGACCAUUUACAGAAAUUAAUAAAGAAAGAUGUGACAUA